AUGAAUUAAAUUUUUUUAUAAAUAACACUUAAAUAGAGUUAAUAGGUCCCAUCCUGUAUAACUUUAGAAAAUUGGGUUGAUUAAUUAAAGAACCCUGACUUUAGAGAAAAUUUGAAAAAAUGCAAUGAUUAAAAUUAAAUGAUUAAUCUAUUCCCAAUUGUAGGUUAUGGGUUAUAAAUUACAUUUAAACAACAGUUAAAUAUAUUGAAAAUUAAGGUUAAUUCGAUUUCGCAAGUAGAAAAGAUUAUAGAUUUGACAACUAUAUAAUUGGAUAAAAAAAAUUUGACAAGAGACAGGCCAAAUUGUAUAUUACCAUUAUUAAAAAAAGAAGAAAAAAAUGAAGAAUUAUUGAAAUGCUAAUUAUUUAGGAAAAAAAUGUCAUACUUAAUUACAUAAAAUCAUGAAUUUUAUGACAAAAAUUCAUAUAUUAAUUUAAUUUAAAGUACUCUGAAAUAUUUAAUAAAAGUGAAUAAUAAUUCAUAAUGGCAAUAAGAAAUGAUAUAAGAAAUAUUCGAAGUUUGUGAAUAAGUGUUUAUUGGAGAAGGCAUCUAUAAAUAUUCAAUUUAAAAUUAAGAAUUUAAAACUUCAUAGUAUUAAUUAUUAAAUGUGUUUUGUUUGUUUAAGAAAAAUGAAAUUACACCAGAAGAAAUUUAUAAUGAGUUUAUAUGGCCAAAAAUAUAAAAUUUAGGAUCUUUUUAAUUAAAUGAUGAAGGAUAGACUGGUAUAGGUAAAUUUUUUGAUUCUUUAAAUUUAAAUUAUUAAAAAAUAGAUUUUGAUGAUAUAAAUGGUAAUAUAAGAAGAUAUUUAGAUGAAAAUGAUUAUUUUUAUACAAAAUUAUUCUAUGGAUAAUUUUUAAGUAAUUUGAUAUAAUUUUUUAUUCCAAAAGAAAUGGCAAAAGAUAAAUUAAGAAAAGAAAUGUUUUUUUAAUGUUAAGAUAAAUUUGAAGAAAAUUAAUUUUAACAAUAAAAACACCUAAUUAUUAAUUUUACUUAAUCUGCAAUUUAUAAGCACUUAUUUAAUAUGCUUAUGAAUGAUUAUUAAGAGUAAAAUAAAAUUAAGUAUUUUUAAUCAUUAAAUUAAGCCAUUGAAAUAGGAAAUUACUAUUCAUUUUUAUAAAGAUAACCUAAAUAUGAAGAUUUAGCUUAAUAUUAAAAUCUGAAUACACAUUUAAGCCAUGAAAAUUCAUAUGAAAAUGGAUUAAUACUAUUUAUUUAAUACAUAGUAUAAUUACUAUUAAAAUAAAUAUCAAUUUUAGAAUUAAGAAAAACUUCAUUUGAAAGUUGGGAAUAAAUGAGAUAAUCCUAAAAAAUAAUAGAAAAAUCAACAAUAAUUUAGAAAUAUGCAAUAAUAUUUGGAAUUAAACCACAAAAUACCUAAUUAGUUGAAGAUGAAAUAUUAAAUACAAUAUCAGAAAUAUGUUGGUUAAAUUGUGAAUCUUUAAAAAUAAACUAUUAAAAAGAUGUAGAUAUAAUAAACUAUUUAAAAAUGAUUAAAAAUUAUCCUUAAUGUGAUAAUUUAAAAAAGUAUUUUCAUAUACAUCAAAAAUGUUUGAAUGAAAUAAGUUAAUUUUGCUUUAAAAUAAAAAGUUAAACUUAAUUAUACAAAUAUUUUGAUUACUUUGAAACAAAUGAAUUAAAUAAUAAACUUCCAAAGGAUCCUCGAAAAGCCAACAAUUUUCUUAAAAUAUAUUAAGUAUGUAAAAAUAUGGCAAAAGUUUGA